CGAAUCUAACAUGACCUGCAAGAGAAGAAACAACGGACGCAACAAGCACGGUCGCGGCCACAACAAGUUCGUUCGCUGCAUUAACUGCUCCCGCUGUGUCCCCAAGGACAAGGCUAUCAAGCGCUUCAACGUCCGUAACAUGGUCGAAGCUGCUGCCGUCCGUGAUCUUCAGGAGGCUUCCGUCUAUGAGGAAUACGCCAUUCCCAAGUUGUAUGUGAAGCUCCACUACUGCGUCUCGUGCGCCAUUCACGCCAGAGUUGUCCGUGUCCGCUCGGUUGUUAACCGUCGUAUCCGUACUCCUCCCCCAAGAUUCCGUUUCGCCAAGAAGGCCUAAAUAUCUUGGAAUGUGUGAACGUUCUUGUGGUCCGUCUCUUUUGACGAAUGUUACUUUUUGUUGGAAAACAAAUAAAUUCCAUAAAAAACACUAAAUUGGAGUACUUGUUAUCAUGAUAAAUGUUGUUGAUUGGAGAAGACUAUACAUGUUCCCUGACAGAUGAGUAGUACGGGGUU